AUAGUGAGACGGGACGCACUGAGACUCCGGGAUCCCGAGCGCUGGAAGCUAGAGGCCGGCGCCAUGGAGUACACAGGGAGCCAAUACAUUGGGGAAUAUGUAGACGGGAGGAUGGAGGGCAAAGCGGAAUACAUCCUCCCUACCGAAACAAAAUACGUCGGGGAAAUGAAGGAUGGCAUGUUUCAUGGCCAAGGAACCCUGUACUUCCCCAGCGGGAGCCGCUACGAUGCCGUUUGGGAAAAGGGACUGGUCGUGAAGGGCACGUACACCUUCUCGGACGGGCUGCAGUAUGACGCCGAACACUGGCAUUACUGCGACAGCUACGAUCGCAGGUUUUACACUGAGAUCUGCCACGGCUUGAAGCCUGCAGGUAUCUCUCAACUCACCAAUAUGGACCCACCUAGAAAAAUCCCUCAGGGCUGCUACGACUGUGGAGAUGGCUUCUAUAACCCAGCCACGAGGAUAAUCAAGGACUACAGGAAUCGCUUCCUGAGAAAUGCAGAUGAUGAUGAGCACGAGUGGAUCAUCAGGACGUGUCGCAAGGGCUGGGACGAGAUCGUGGGUCACCGACCCAAGCCGUGAGCUCUGCA